UUAUGUAAACGCACACAUCGCUAUCCAAUAAAGACUUCUCGUCAGUAUACCGCGGUAUUUCGUCUGAAAUAUCAACAAAGCUGGUUCGGCGAAGGAAAACGUGGAAGCAAUGUACGAAGAUGGAGAAGAGAAUUACGAAGUGGACACUGGCGAGGAAAUUUCACAUGAACUAUGGCAAGAAGCUUGUUGGAUCGUUAUCAACGCUUACUUCGACGAGAAGGGUCUCGUCCGACAACAAUUAGACAGUUUUGAUGAAUUCAUUCAGAUGUCGGUUCAGCGUAUCGUCGAGGAUUCACCAGCUAUCGAUUUGCAAGCUGAAGCACAACAUACCUCUGGUGAAAUCGAAACACCGCCACGAUUCCUUCUUAAAUUCGACCAAAUAUACUUGUCGAAACCCACUCAUUGGGAGAAGGAUGGUUCGCCUAGUCCUAUGAUGCCGAAUGAAGCUCGCCUUCGUAAUCUCACCUAUUCUGCCCCGCUUUAUGUAGAUAUUACGAAAACUAAAGUCAUCGAAGGACAAGAGCCAAUUGAAACCCAACAUCAAAAAACGUUCAUUGGAAAAAUUCCUAUAAUGCUUCGAUCGACUUAUUGCCUUCUCAGUCAACUCACAGAUCGUGAUUUAACAGAAUUGAAUGAAUGCCCACUAGAUCCCGGUGGGUAUUUCAUUAUCAAUGGAUCAGAAAAGGUCCUUAUCGCUCAAGAAAAAAUGGCAACCAACACGGUGUACGUGUUUAGCAUGAAGGAUGGUAAAUACGCUUACAAAACUGAAAUACGAUCUUGCCUAGAGCACAGUUCAAGACCCGUAUCGACGUUGUGGGUAAAUAUGAUGGCACGUGGUGGUCAGAGUAUUAAGAAAUCAGCUAUCGGGCAGAGAAUCAUCGCUAUCUUGCCAUACAUCAAACAAGAAAUUCCAAUUAUGAUUGUCUUUAGAGCCCUAGGAUUCGUAGCUGAUCGAGACAUUCUCGAGCAUAUAAUCUAUGAUUUCGACGACCCCGAAAUGAUGGAAAUGGUCAAGCCCUCGUUGGAUGAAGCUUUCGUUGUUCAGGAGCAAAACGUUGCUUUAAACUUCAUCGGAGCUAGAGGUGCCCGACCAGGUGUCACGAAAGAAAAACGUAUUAAGUACGCUAAGGAAAUUUUGCAAAAGGAAAUGUUGCCUCAUGUGGGAGUGUCUGAUUUCUGUGAAACGAAAAAGGCUUACUUUUUGGGUUACAUGGUUCACAGAUUACUCUUGGCUGCAUUGGGUCGUCGUGAAUUGGAUGAUCGGGAUCACUACGGCAAUAAACGAUUGGACUUGGCCGGACCGCUACUGGCGUUCUUGUUCCGUGGACUAUUCAAAAAUUUAAUGAAGGAAGUAAGAAUGUACUCACAGAAGUUCAUCGAUCGUGGAAAAGACUUCAAUUUGGAAUUGGCCAUUAAGACGAAUAUUAUUACGGAUGGACUGCGAUAUUCCCUGGCUACAGGCAACUGGGGUGAUCAGAAAAAAGCUCACAUGGCUCGUGCCGGAGUGUCUCAGGUGUUAAAUCGUCUUACAUUCGCCUCCACAUUGUCUCAUUUACGUCGCGUCAACUCACCAAUUGGUCGUGAUGGUAAACUGGCCAAACCUCGUCAAUUACACAAUACACUUUGGGGGAUGUUAUGUCCGGCCGAGACUCCUGAAGGAGCUGCUGUCGGUCUUGUAAAGAAUUUAGCUCUCAUGGCUUAUAUUUCUGUCGGAUCACAACCUUCUCCUAUUCUAGAGUUCUUGGAGGAGUGGUCUAUGGAAAAUCUAGAAGAAAUCGCACCCUCUGCCAUCGCUGAUGCAACCAAAAUUUUCGUAAACGGUUGCUGGGUCGGAAUCCAUCGUGAUCCGGAACAGUUGAUGGCAACUCUCCGAAAAUUGCGUCGUCAGAUGGAUAUCAUUGUAUCAGAAGUAUCGAUGAUCCGUGAUAUUAGGGAUCGUGAGAUUAGAAUCUAUACUGAUGCAGGACGUAUCUGUCGACCCCUUUUGAUUGUGGAGAACGGAAACCUUUUGUUGAAGAAACAACACAUUGAAAUGUUGAAAGAACGUGACUACAACAACUAUAGUUGGCAAGUACUCGUAGCAUCUGGGGUAGUCGAAUAUAUCGAUACCCUGGAAGAAGAAACCACCAUGAUCGCCAUGUCACCAUAUGAUUUGAAACAAGACAAAGAAUACGCAUAUUGUACCACUUACACUCAUUGUGAGAUCCACCCAGCUAUGAUACUUGGAGUUUGUGCCUCGAUUAUCCCCUUCCCCGAUCACAACCAGAGUCCCCGUAACACCUAUCAAAGCGCUAUGGGUAAACAAGCCAUGGGUGUAUAUAUCACAAACUUCCACGUUCGGAUGGACACUUUGGCCCACGUACUUUACUAUCCAAUGAAACCUUUGGUUACCACACGUUCCAUGGAAUAUCUUCGAUUCAGAGAAUUGCCUGCUGGAAUCAACUCAAUCGUAGCAAUUUUGUGUUACACUGGAUACAAUCAGGAGGACAGUGUCAUCUUAAACGCUUCGGCAGUCGAACGAGGCUUCUUCAGAUCUGUUUUCUACCGCUCAUACAAGGAUUCUGAGAACAAACGAAUUGGCGAUCAAGAAGAACAGUUCGAGAAACCAAAUCGGCAAACAUGCCAGGGAAUGCGGAAUGCUCACUAUGACAAGCUGGAUGAUGAUGGAAUCAUCGCUCCUGGUAUUCGCGUUUCGGGUGAUGAUGUAGUUAUUGGCAAAACCAUUACACUUCCAGAAACUGAAGACGAUUUGGACGGUACAACCAAGCGCUUCAGCAAACGUGAUGCAUCAACCUUCUUGCGUCAGUCUGAAACUGGUAUCGUGGAUCAAGUGAUGCUUACUCUGAAUAGUGAGGGUUACAAGUUCUGCAAGAUUCGAGUGAGAUCAGUUCGUAUCCCCCAGAUUGGUGAUAAGUUUGCUUCCCGGCAUGGACAAAAAGGCACAUGUGGUAUUCAAUAUCGUCAAGAGGACAUGCCAUUCACUUGCGAAGGGCUAACACCUGAUAUUAUCAUUAAUCCACAUGCUAUCCCAUCACGUAUGACAAUUGGCCAUUUAAUUGAAUGCUUACAAGGCAAACUUGGUUCAAACAAAGGAGAAAUCGGUGAUGCCACACCAUUCAACGAUGCUGUCAACGUACAAAAGAUUUCAACUUUCCUUCAAGACUACGGAUAUCAGCUACGUGGUAACGAAGUCAUGUACAAUGGUCACACAGGACGAAAAAUCAAUGCUCAGGUAUUUCUCGGUCCCACUUACUAUCAACGUCUCAAGCACAUGGUGGAUGAUAAAAUUCACUCCCGUGCAAGAGGUCCUGUACAGAUUUUGGUACGUCAACCUAUGGAGGGUCGUGCUCGUGAUGGUGGUCUACGUUUCGGUGAAAUGGAACGAGACUGUCAAAUUUCCCAUGGUGCUGCACAAUUUUUGCGUGAGCGCUUAUUUGAAGUAUCCGAUCCAUAUCGGAUACAUGUUUGUAACUUUUGUGGGUUAAUUGCCAUCGCUAAUUUAAGGAAUAAUACAUUUGAGUGUAAGGGCUGUAAGAAUAAGACACAAAUAUCACAAGUGAGACUUCCGUACGCGGCAAAGUUACUGUUUCAAGAGCUUAUGUCGAUGAACAUUGCACCACGAUUGAUGGUCAUUUGAGAGUAUCAAAAAAUAUGUUUGAAAUAUUGUUAUGUUGCCUUUAGCAUUUAUAUUUGUGUGUUAUCCUGAAUAAAAGGAAAUGUAUAUCGAU